UUCUCCUCCCUCCUCUUCACUCCCUCUCUGCCUUUUAUUCCUCCUCACUCACUCUGCAGUCUGUCUUCUUGCUUGUCUCCUCUAAUUUCCCUCCUUUUCCUUCAUUCUAUGUUUCUGUCCGUCUGUAAUCAUGUCCCUGGCAGCUCUGGCCAUCAUUUCCCUCCUUCACGUCCUCAGAGUUCAGAGCAUCGACUCAUCAGAUGCUUGGUCCGCCUCCUCUCUGUCGGGUUUUGAGUUUCCAGAGAUUGAUGGAUCUGCUGUGGACAACACCUGCAGGAUCUACAUCAUUACUGAUGCAACCACAACAUCCACCACGACAACAGCAACCACAACAACAACAUCAUCAACCACAACAUCACCCAUCACCAGGAAGGUGGUUGAAACGACUACAAAGUCAGUCGUCCAAUCGCCGCCAAAGAAACCAGAACCCAAAGACAACGGAGCACCAAUCAGGAUGCAGCCUGCUGCAGGAGGACCAAACAUUGAUCACCGUGUUGUCAGCCUCCUUUACCGCCUCCUGGCCAAUAGCAGAGGACACGGGGCUGGUGUUCAGCCAAUAGGACGGCAGCCUCGGGGAGGGCAAGCCGCGUCCUCAGACAGCGACGAAUCAGUGGCAGCCUGGAAAACCGGUUCAGUUUCUUCAGACUCCAGCGACGAAUCAUAAAACUCAACCAAGAGCCUGCUUUGAACUUCUUUUCUAUUAUUGCCGCUGUUAAACAGUUUUCGCUAAAAUGUCAUCAGGAUUUCAAGGUGAACUUAUGUUGAAAACACAACCAGUAUUUCUUAGUUUUUUAUUCUUUAUCAGAUCCAAUUAAAAGAACUGCAUUAAUAGCAA